AAAGUUUAUUGUGAACCAAGUUAAUGCGUUAUCUUUGUUUUGCCAGUUUAGCAUGGCGAACGAAGAGGAACGACAACUUUUAGUAGUUAUUUUUGACGUAAAUCCAGUAUGGUGGGGAAUUAAAUCUCUACAAGGACAAGCGCAAAUCACAAAAUGUCUGGACUGUCUUCUCGUGUUCGUUAAUUCCUACCUUAUGUUACGGCAUGACAACAAGCUUGCUAUUAUUGCAAGCCAUUCAACUAAAAGUGUAUUUCUCUACCCUGCACAAGAGAGCAGCCAUUCCCCUGACCCAUCAAAAGCAAGCAUAUCUGACCAGGCUGGUGGUGAUUGUAGAUAUGAACACUUUGCAAAAGUUGAUGACUCCGUAACGGACAAGUUUAAAGAGCUUAUGAGAGACGGUUGUGAAAAAAAUGACAUUAGAAGAGACUCUCUUAUUGCAGGGUCCAUGGCAAUUGCUUUAUGCUAUAUUCAUAGAAUGCAGAUUGAAUCUCAAGGUAAUACCAAACUCAACGCACGGAUACUUGUAAUAAAAGCAGCAGACGACGCAGCUUCACAGUAUAUGAGUUUCAUGAAUGUUAUAUUUGCAGCACAAAAAGAGCGAGUUGUAGUUGAUGCUUGUAUAUUGGGUCAAGACUCCGGAUUACUUCAGCAAGCCUGUGAUAUGACAAGCGGAAUGUACUUAAAAGUUCCUCAUCAAGAUGCAUUCCUUCAAUAUCUACUUACUGCCUUUCUUACUGAAGCUGAGCUGAGAAAAGAGAGCUUGGUACUUGCACAGAGCAGCAGGCCAAGAGAAGUUGAUUACAGAGCUGCAUGUUUUUGCCAUCGUAGUCUUGUGGAUGUUGGAUUUGUCUGUUCUGUGUGUUUGUCAAUUUUCUGUCAGUUUAGCCCAAUUUGCUCUACAUGUGAAACUGCAUUUAAGCCGCCGGUGCUGGCUUCAAAAAGCAGAAAAAAACGCAGAGCAUUGCCUGCGAAUGGUACGUAAAUAUGCACUAAUGCGACUCUUGUAUUGAACUGAAGUGGUUAUUUGCAUUAACUACAACAACGGGUGACACUGGAAAAGAACAUGAAAAGAAAAAAUAGGAAGGAUGUACACAAUCCAAUUACUAUCCAAGUGAACAAAAUAACAUUUCUAUUUCUGUGAAUCCAAAUACAUUAACAUGUGAUGCAG